AUGCACCCGUUUAACAGCAGUCUCGGGAACUUCAGUAUGAUGCUGGAGGUUGAGGACACGCCCAGGGAUGAGAAACUGGCCAAAGUAGAGAUCGCGCUGCUCAGUGUUAUCUUCGUAAGCGCCUCUAUCCUGAACACCGGGCUAUUACUGGUUCUGUGGAAGCGGCGCAAACAGGUCUCCAGGAUGCGUGUCUUCGUGUUCCAUCUGUGCAUCGCAGACCUGGUGGUUGCGUUUUUCCAGGUUUGCCCGCAGCUCAUGUGGGACAUUACGGACAGGUUCAUUGGACCAGACCUGGUGUGCCGCUUGGUGAAGUAUCUGCAGGUAGUGGGCAUGUUUGCGUCCACCUACAUGAUCGUGGUGAUGACCAUUGACCGCUACCAGGCUAUAUGCAACCCCAUGGUCAAGUUUCAGAGGAGGCACGCGCGCUGGAACAUCCCAGUGUUCGUCGCCUGGACGAUCUCCCUCGUGGGCGGCCUGCCUCAGAUUUUCAUCUUCUCGAGGGUCCAGGUGGCGCCCGGGGUGUUCGACUGCUGGGCGGACUUCAUCCAGCCCUGGGGCCUGAAGACCUACAUCACUUGGACCACGCUGGUCAUCUUUGUCUUACCCAUUUUGACCGUGGUGGUGUGCCAGGUGCAAAUAUGUCGAGCCAUCCAGGUCAACCUUUAUCUAAAGACGCAUCAGGAGGGGGGCAGCGGGGUGGCCUUUCCACUGCCCUCCAGAGCCAGCAGCGUGGCCAGGGUGUCCAAAGCACGAAUCAAGACCGUGAAGAUGACGGUGGUUAUUGUGCUCGUCUACAUCAUCUGCUGGACUCCGUUCUUCAUGGUCCAGCUUUGGUCUGUUUGGGACAUGGACGCGCCGACGGAAACGACAACGUUCACCAUCCUGAUGCUGUUGGCGAGUCUGAACAGCUGCACAAACCCCUGCAUCUACCUGCUCUUCAGCGGCCAGCUGCCCAAGAAGCUGGAAACGGUGCUGUGCCGGAGUCCGAAAGACUCCUUUAAUGAUGAGGCCGCGGUGGUCAGCUCGCUCUACGUGAGCUUCAAAAGCAUUUCCGACUCCAAAUAGGCAGCUCUAAUACGCAGCUCUAAUGACGGGCUAUUUCCAUGCUAUUUACUCCCUCGAUAUCAUGGUCAAGAUAUGUCAAGUGAUCUUUCGGGGACAUUAAAGCACUCACUAUAAUGGAGCCAGAAAUAGGUAGGGUAAUUGUGAGCGGACCGUAGGGUAUGUGCGCAAAUACGCGCCAAAUCCUGGGGGGUAAACCACCGCUAAUGGAUAAAGGCAGCCGGUUGGUGCGGUAGGCUGGUGCUGAGCGUCACAGGGAACUAAAUCACGGGUGUAAAACCUCUGUCAGACAACAUAGGAAUGAGAGACAUUGUGACAAGGUGUGGUCAACAUGUCGGUGGAGUCCAGAAAAUAGAUUCCUUUGGUACCUUUUGUGAAUAAUUGUCCAAAUCUAAUCUCACAAAAUCCAUGUUAACACCUGCAAACUGUUUGACAAAAUGUUGUAUAGCAGGCAUAUAGAAUGCAUUUACUGCCUAUUAUUAUUGUUAUAUUUAAUACAUAUAUUGUAAACGAUCAAACUUUCAUCAUCAACAGUGGAGAAGCUGUUUAGUGCUUUUAGGAUUAUUUAUUUAUUUAUUUAACCUUUAUUUAACUAGGCAAGUCAGGCCAGGCAGAAACA